GUUAGUGUAGUAUCCUGUGGAGGAAUGAAGGAAAGAAUGCAGAGUUAGAGCCACAGUUUCUCUGAUCGUCGUCUCGGCCAUGGACACCUCGAUGUUCCCCAGAUACUCCUGGCUGGAUUUCGUGUUCACUCUCAUCGGUGUGUGUACAUAUGUGUUUGAUGUGGGCUCGGACCUGUGGCUCGCGCAGGAGUUUUUCCGCCAUGGGGAUUUCUUCUGGUUCGGCUUGCUGAUCGGGUUCAUGCUCACGUCAUCCGUCAUAGUCCAGAUGUUCAGCUGGUUCUGGCUUCAAUAUGACCUGGAGCUCAAGACCUUCCAGAAAACACACAAGCAUUAUUGUAUCCUCUUCGGCAGUGACAGGCGCCUGAGGCUCACGUGUUUCCUGCACGUGUGUCAGCUCGGCGUUUUCUUCAGGCACGUAUCAGCAGUCUGGCAGGGCUUCUGCGUGUGGUGGCGAGGAGAACAGGGCUCAGAGUACGCCGUCUACCUGACCCACGACCUCAGCAUGCUGCGACUGAUCGAGACCUUCUGUGAGAGCACACCACAGCUGUCGUUUAUGAUCUACAUGAUGAUCCACGAGAAUCACGCCAAAACCAUCCAGUAUGUGAGCGUGAUCGCUUCUACCAUUUCAGUAGCUUGGAUGGUGGUGGACUACCACCGCUCGCUGCGUUUCUUCCUCCCCGAGAAGACCAAACAGAAAUGGCUGUCCUCUGCCGUCUACUUCCUGUGGAACCUGUUCCUGAUUGGCCCACGUGUGGUGUGCGUGUCCCUCUUCACCUCCGUCCUGUCCUAUUUCGUUUUUGCUCACUUCCUGUUACUCUGGUUUGUGUUUGUGUGUUGGGCCUUUCUUCAAGACACCAAAUUCAUGGACAGCAGAGCUGGAGAGUGGCUCUACCGGGCCACCGUAGGCCUCAUCUGGUACUUCAGCUGGUUUAAUGUAGGGGAAGGUAGGACCAGAGGCAGGAGCCUCAUCUACCACUUGUUUAUUGUGAUAGACUGUGCAAUCCUAAUGGUCACAUGGUGGUGCUUGAGAGAUCCAGAAACGAGCCAAGCCUAUUCCCUUAUUCUCCUCAUCCUCAUCCCGCUGUCCUAUCUGAUAGGUCUUUUGGUUAAACUGCUCUAUUACAGCUGCUUUCACCCCAAGCUGGGGCAGACCCAGACCUUGAAGACGGUUUCAGAUGUGCCCGAUGGUCUGGCGGCUCAGGGUAUGGCUAUUGACACGGACUCUUUCAAAUCGGAGGUCUUAAACAAGAGAAUGGCCAGACACGCUGCUAACUUUUAUAGCACAGGGAAACACUCGAAGGGACAAGAGGACACUGGGGUUAUCUGAGGAUAAAAGAAUGUGGAAGGUUGCAUUUUCAGCAAGUUCCAAAAAUUAAGCAGGUUGGUGUUAAGAAGAGGUGUAAUUGAGAUCUUUUUAAAUGAAAGUGUCAGUGUCAGUCCAAGGUCAGCCUGGAAACCUUAUUACACAGAUUAGUUCUUGUCUUGUACAGGCAUGUAAUGAUAUAAAAAACUUUAAUAUCAUGACAGUCAUCUAACCAUUUAUCAGGUUAUGAUCAUAAAUUGGUUUCAAAUAUAGGCUUAUAGGCUGUCAACAAGCAUCGAGUUUGACACAUUAAAAUAAUGUAAAAUAAGUUGAAUAAGGAACAAAUGAAUACCCUUGUUAUUUAACAAAUAUAAACGUAUCAUCAUUGAUAUGGUGCAUCUUGGAGAUGGAGAUCUUGGAGAUGUUUAUAUAACGUUUUUGGUCUCCAGGGUUAGCACUUUGUAACGGUCAGAAGUAAAGCUGUAACUAAACUCAAGUGUAAGAUGGAGAACUUUGCGCUUUCUGGUUUCACAGUAACAUGACAAGCUGCCUUUUUUUUUUUUUGAACUUCACGAGGGCUGGUGAAGGAGCUUUAACGUAAGCUUUAACCUCUGCUUUAACGUAAGUCACAAUAGGAACUUGCGUGCAUCUCAGACGUUCCACAACAUUAAAUGUAGCUGUAAAUGGAUAAAAAAUAUGACUAGUUGAUUUAAUAAAUAAAAAACAAUUGUAAUCAUUGGCAAAUUGGUGUUGUAUAAGAGGAAUAAAAGACUUUAGGACAUGCUGAUUAUUGAUUAUUUUCCUGUAACAGCAUGCCCUCUAUUGUUUUAUUCCUUGCAUAUCGAAUACCCAGUAAUCAGCACAUGCUUGGUCCUGUACCAGACCACUUUACAGAUUCAUUCUGUCAGAUCUAGUCCAGAAAAAAGCACUACAGAAGUUCUGUGAAUCCCUUUAUUAGCUAAUUAUAGAUCUUUUUCUCACUGUAUUGAUUCAGGUUACUGUACAGUGGUGUACUGUUACAACCAAACCUUCAUUUCAAGACCCUAUAAUAAGACUGUUAGGAAAAGAUUUCAGACUUUGGUAUCUGAUAUUAUGGUUAAAAUGUUUACAUGAUGUUAGAAAAUGUUUAUUUUUGAUAUAAAACAUUGGUGAAAUUUUUAACGUAGCACUGCUUUUUGAAUGAAUGUUUUGAAUUCCUAAAAGUUUAUAUUUCAGAAUAUGACGCACUAUACCUCAUUCUGUUUAGCGCAUCCUCCUAGCUUCCAAACAUAGCUUUAUACAGCUUUAGAAAAUGCACACGUGACAAGCCAUACGAGCUCAGGAAGAUCAGUUAGUUUCGUGAUUAAUAAUGGUGCUAUGAUGUGUAAGGAAAUGUAGACGAUCAGUGGAGUUCAUGUGAUGUAAUGGUUGUAAUAUGUACGUAAAGGUUAAAGAAUAUACAUUUCAAAAAUAUGAAUUUUUUAGUAAUUUAUUUAAUAUUUGUGUAAUUCCUUGUUUCAUUCCUCAAGCGCUUAAACAGAGAAUGCCAAUAUCCUGUUCUAUAUGACGCAGUGAAAUUGAACCACUCUGUAGGACGGUUGUUUGUUUAACUCGCCUGAAAUGUUACCAUUUAUUACGAGUGGUUAAUAAAUUUAUGCUGCUGUAUGUUUCCUAUUUUUUAAAAGUUACUUCUGGACAGUCUGAUACAUAUUAAAGAGUCAAUGAGUAAAGAGUUAAAAGAAUAAAGUCAAUGGAUGAAGUUUUAUAUUGACAAAUGACAGGAAAUGAACUGUUACAGUAAUUGCCAAUAAUGACAUUUAUUACCAAUUGUAUUAUUUUUGAUCGAAAAAAAAAGCUUUACCUAUUUAAUUGAAUUCUAUUUAGGUUUUAUUUAACUUUUGAAAUACAAACGUAAUGCAUUGCAAAGCAUCUGUAAUAGUGCAAUAAUUGCACUUAUUGUUCAAUAAUUGCUUCAAUAAGUUCCUUUUUUUUUUUUUUUUUGCCUUGUUUGCAUUGUUUCAUGCUGCCUGUUUAAAUACCACCAAAUGAAUUGUUCAUGUGUGUGUGUUCUAGGCUGCUUCCUCCUGAAAUUUCACUCUAAUGACAUUAGGCAUUUCAGUCCGCCGUGGUGUAUUCAUUAGGCUUCUUGUGAAGCUAUUCUGUUGUGAUGUCUGUUGUGGAAAAAGUUAUAUAUACAAAAUAAAGCAAAUGAAACUUGAUGCCGUUUGAAAAGUCCUUCAGCAUAAAGUGUGUAUGAUUGUAUUAAGCAUUACUGCAACUCCAGUUUGAAUUCAGUUCCAUACAAACAUGAAAAAUACAAUAAAAAUACAUUACACUA